UGCUGUUGAAAGGAAUAUUUUGGAUCGAAUACAAUACCGAGAAACUUAAGAUUAUCUGUACAUACAAUAUUUACACAAUUGAAGGUAAAUGAAGGAGAAUUGCAGGAUCGUUUUUUGCAUAUAUGGAGCAUUUUGGUUUUAUUGGGACAAAUUGAGGGGCCUGAGGAGAGGGACCAUGUGGAUAAUAGGCGUAGGAUUUUGGAAAAGGUCCUCAUGACUACUGUUUGAUCAUUGGAUUUGGAAAACAACAAAACGUCGUCUGCGUAUAUUUGGUGUUCGAUGUUUGGGAACUUGUUAAAGAUGUCGCUAAUUUCAUUGAAGGCUAUAAUGAACAAGAUGACUGAUAAGGGGGAGCCCUGCGGGGUGCCAUUAUCGAGUGGAAAAAUGGAAGAGCGGGUGUUGGAUAUAAGUACACUUAGUUUUCGGUUUGAGAGAAAUGAUUUUAUAAAAUUGUACAUUUUGGGGCCGAUCUUCCAUUUGUCGAGUUGUCUUAGUACUACCGGAGUUCCAAUCCGAUCAAAUGCUUUUUGAAAGUCGAGGGAAAGGAGGGAAACAUGGUUUUUGCUGGAGAGCGCGUUUGAGAUGAAAUGAUCAAGGUGUAGUAGGGCAUCUGUGGUGCCUUGUCCCUUCUUGAAGGCUACUUGGUUGUGGUGGAUAAGUUGGUUUGAGUGGGCGUACCAGGUUAGUCUGGUAGCAAUUAUCUUCUCCAUUAGUUUACCUAGACAGGGAAGAAGGGAAAUUGGUCGAUAGCUGUUAACUUCGCAAGGGGAUUUGCCAGGUUUUAAGAGGGGUAUUAUAGCGCUGGUUUUCCACGCGUGUGGGUAGUGACCUGUGUUGAGGAUAUUGUUGUAAUGCUUAAUGAGACGGUGAAGGAGUAAUCUGGGGAGAUGCUUAAUUAUGGGAUAAGAUAUUUUGUCGAUGCCGGGUGUCUGGCCUUUUACUGCGGACAGGGCGAGUUGGAGUUCGUAAAGAGAUAUGUCGGCUUCUAAAAGUUUGGCUGAAUGAGAGAGAGUGGUUGGUGUGAUACGGUGUUGGAGGAUUUGUGAGCGUUUAGAGGCGAUAAAUUCGGGGGGGAAGGUUUGGUCUGACGAGGCGUUGGAGAAGUGACUGGCGAAUUCUUGAGCUAUAUCCUGGGGAUAUAGAAGAUUGCCAUGAGAGGUGUUAAGGGAGUAGAUUUGGGGAUUAGAGGGUAAACCGGUGAGUGUUUUUAUGUCAGCCCAGAUUUUUUUAGGGUCGGAUGACGCACUGAUGCUGCUAGUGAAUUUUUGAAAACAGUCGAGCUUAGCAUCUUUGAUUUUCCGGCGAAAUUGCGCGUUCAGCUUUUUGAAUUGAAUGAGAGUUGUGGUGGACCGGUUGCGUUUGAAGUUGUGCCAGGCUUGUUGUUUGGCUUGCCUAAGGGCCGCAAUUUCGUUGUUCCACCAUAGGGGGGCUGGCUUUACUGGCUUGGUUGAGGACAGAGGGAUAGAGACGUUGGAUGCACAGCGGAUUGCUUUAUGGAUAUUGGAAGUUUCUUGGUUGAUGUUGGAGGAUGUUGGGAAGGAUUUGGAAUAGAACUCGCAUGCGCUUUCGAAUUUGUUCCAAUCCGCUCUAUCUAUUUUAAAUUUGAUCCUGGGAGAGAAGGGAAUGGUGGGUCGGGAUGUGAGAAUUUUGAUGAGGAUCGGGAAGUGAUCGCUGCCGUGAAGGUCAUCUAUAAGGUGCCAUGAUGAGUUGUUGGAAAGGGAGGGAGAGGAAAGCGUAAGGUCAAUAUGGGUAAAGGUUGAGUGGGUAGAGAAGUGGGUGGGGGAGCCGUCGUUUAGUACGAUGCAGUUGGAGGUGAGGAUGGCAUUUUCUAUAGAAUGUCCUCUCUGAUUAUAGGAGGCAGAUCCCCAGAGCGGACUCCAAGCGUUAAAGUCGCCUGCAAGGAUGAAGGGUUGGGGAAGGGAGGGGAAAAGAUUGUAAAAGUCAGCUGUUGUUAUUAAUUGACUUGGCGGGGAGUAAGCGCAAGUUAUGGUGAUCCUGAUGGGGGUUUGAAGUUCUAUGGAUAGUGAGGAUAUAUUGAAUUGGGUAGGAAGGGGCUGGUGGGGAAGGUUUCUCUUAACCAGAAUAGCUAUUCCUUGUUUGUUUGAGGUUAUGUGAGGUAGGUUGUGGAAGUGCCCUACGUAGGAUUUGGGGGUGGGGGCAGAGGAAUUGUGGGCAAGGUGAGUUUCGUUUAGAAGUAUAAUGGAGGGUUUAUACAUCUUUAUUAGGAUUUCAAGUUCAAUGUAGUUAUUGUGAUACCCGUUUAUGUUCCACUGUAAUAAUGGUAACAUUUGUUAUAUAAUAUGUGUGUUAGUAUAUGAAUUAAAGGGUUAGUAUAAGGAUAUUUAUAUUUACGACUUAUCUAUGUUGGUUGACUUGUGUGACGGUAAUGUUGUUUUAUAUGUAUUUGGUGUUAUGAGGACGUUAAGAUCGGGGAAUUUUGCGUGUAAUUGGCUGAAAGGUGACAUCUCGGUAUCACUGAUAAUUGGGCUGGGGUAUGUAGGGGUGGGUGGGCUGGAAUUUUUUCUGCAUUUCUACUUGUAGUUGCUAUUUCUGGUGUGCUGACGUUGAUUGCUGUUUGUUGUCUUACUGGGGAUGUUGAUGUGCUGUAUUUCUGCUAAGGUUUGGAUAUAGUUGAGGUUGUUUGUGUGAUUGAUUUAGUAUGACAUGUUUUCUUGGAUGCUCCGUUAUUUGCUUGUGGGUUGUUGUUUGUAGUUUUUACAUGGGGUUUGUUUGCUGGAGUUGCUUGCAAGUCGUGUGCUGUGUUUACAGUUGUUGGUUCGGUCGUUAUACUGCUGGUGUUUUUUACAAUUUGUGCGAAGGACGGCGCCCUUAUUUUUUUUAGAGGGGGUUGCAUUUGAUGUGUGUUGGGGUCGCUGUUGAAAAUUUUCCAUGCAUCUCUAAUUGUGCAUCGGCGCUCUAUUUUUAUUUAAUUUACUGACUUGUAUUUAAGGAAAGUGGGACAGCCAGGGUCAUUGGAUGGAUGGGUUUCAAUUUGGCAGUUUAUGCAGAAUGUUCUUGGGCAUGGAUUAUGUGGCGGAGAGGUUGCACACUGGCUACAUAACUCAAUAUUUCGACAUCUAUUUUUGGUAUGACCGAGUCUUUGACAGCAUUUGCACCGCAUCGGAUUUGGGAUAAAUUCUUGCACACGAACCCUUUCCCAUCCUAAUUUAAGGAUUUCUGGUCUACGGAUUAGGUCGAAUGUCACAAUUGCAGCACCAGUAGAGAUUAGUGCGUCACCAUCUUUUCGCAUGAUUUUUUUGACUUCGAUCACUUUUUGGUUUCCUAGCCCUUCUACUAAUUCUUCUUCGGAGAGAUUGAUUAGGUUUCUGGAAAAUAUUCUGCCUUGCGUGGUGUUAAGACCUUUGUGAGAGGUAAUUUUUACAGGUAUAAUGCCUAUGUGAGUUGCCUUAAUAUACUUUUCGGCCGAUUUCGCAUUUUCGACUUUUAGGAGGAGGUCACCGGAUCUUAAUUCCGUUACAACGGUGUUAUCGCUGCAAAUGUGUUUUAAACCCCUUUCGAUUUGAAAGACAUUAUAUGAUGAUAAUGGACGGAUUUUGUCAUCUGCAAUUGGCCCGAUGGCACUUGCCACUAAGAACCGAGGGAUAUGGUCGUCAUUUUGUUUUGGCGCAGGAAGUGGUACAAAGUCACUGAAUUUUGGUCGUUUGUUGGGACGUUGCAAAUCGGGAUCGAGUAACCGAAACCUAUUGCUUUCGGGGGGGUCAGCCCCGUUCAUGGUGUCGAAUGAUAACUACGGCACUGAGUUUUUUUUUUAUGUUUACACUAAUAAACCAACAACUACAACUUUAAGGAGCAGCGGUAACUGAAACAGCUAGACUAUCGUAGUCGAUCGCAAAGAGGAAAAGAACGCGUGAAAAGGUCACGGGACGUGUUUACACGGCGGUUGCCCACUUUGAACUGAAUUUAUUAUAUAUAUACAUAUACUAGAGGACCCAACCACGCUUCACUGUGGCUGAUACAUAGAUAAUAUGUAGUAGUAAUAUUAUCUAUGUAUCAGCCACAUCUAUAUGAUUUCUAUUAGUUCGAUUAUAACUAUUAGUUAAUGAGAUAUAAAAUUUUUGUGAAGCACCUUGUGUUAGUUAAAAAAAUAGAUCAUAAAGCAUUGCUUUUUUGGGGAAAAUACUGUUGAAUUUGGGCUCAGGGAAAUCCACCGUUGAGUUGCAAAGUAGUUGCUCACAAGUUCAUAAUCCAACAAAAACAACUAAUUCUGAGAAGUGUUUAAGUACUCUCUAAUCGCAAUAAAGCCGAAUUUUUGUGUCGGUGAUAGAAAUAUAGCUCCAUCAUUUCCCACUGGAGUCCAAUCCACAGUCAUUCUAGUGGACUGCACAUGAUGAACCGGUUCUCAGGCGUGGCAAAACGAAAAAGGCGGCUGGAAAGGUUGUGACGUCAGUCUUUUGGGAUCACGUGCAUCCCAAAUACAUACUCAACGACUGAUUACUGAACCAUUUAUAAUCUAUUUCACUGUGUAUUUGGUUGCAGUUCUUUUCUUCUAUUCCAAAUACUUAGCAAUUGUAUUAUUUUUGAGGAAAAUGUCAAUGUUGUUGGAAGUGUUUCCGCUGGCUGUACUGUAUUCUCUGUGUUGAAAAACACUCUUUAUCCAUUCUUCAAAUGAACUGCGAGACGCACAACAGUCGAAAAACGUUCAUGAAUUGCAAAAGUAAAUACCCUACAAAGCGCAUUAUUGCAGUUCACGUCGUUCAAGACCAAUAACCUCCAUAUUGGUUCCUUUGGUGACGUACUUACAAACUUAUUUUAUAGAUUACACCAAACCGCAAUACUAAACAUUGAUAUGAGUUUUGAAUGUGAAUUAGACAGCAGUGGCAAAUAUGGUACGAUUCAUGUGCUGUCAAUUGCGAUAUUCACUCAUCUAAAUUGAAUGCUGAAUGCUCUGCCAUUGUCGUCUGGUGAGCGACACCGAUACAGUGGAUAUCGAGAAUUUUCAGUUUGCGUUUCCGAAAGAAAAGCACGUGGAUAGUGUUUCGUGCAUUUAUUGUUAGAUUUACAAAUCGAAGUGGGAUUGUGGUGUCCGUAAGGUCCAUGAACCAUAUUGGUUUUCAUCACUUCUUUUAAUACUGGAUCUUUCUCUGCAUCAGGAAUUUCCGCAAAAAUGAUUUCAUCAAUUUGAUCUGGUGGAACCACUAUCCACUAAACAAGAACAUCGUAACUGUUGUUUGAAAAGUCGUGCUGCGACAACGUGACGAUCACUUGCUGAUUGACCCCGAUCCAUAAUUCCACACGUUUGUAUGUCAUCGCAUCCUGGGAGUACUCGUUCAUGUGCCUUGGCGUUGAUGGCAAAAAGAACACCGACCGAUAUUAGCGGGACCUCUUCGUGGCAAAAGAAUAAAAAUUUAAAUGUGUUACAAAUAUUACACAUAGCUCGGUUUUCCCGCCAAAACUCACGAUUUGCGAUGAUCCAGCAUUACAGCAACAAACAACAACUCAAACUCAACUAUAAGCCUAUGGAGCAGGUCACUUUCAUUAAAGUCUAACUAUAGUAGAGCACUUAAAAAACUGUAACCAAGCGAGCAACAUCGCAGUAGAGGAAAAAGUUAUAAAAAAAGGUACAGUGAACAAAAAAUUAACUUAUAUAAAAAUGCAACCCGUUUUCCGUUGUCACGGCAUCAGGCGUGAAUGGCUGGACCGGUUUCACUAAUUCUUUUUUUGUUGUAUUUGUUAUUAUUAGGAGAAGGUUCUUAUGUAAAAAAAAAAAUACGAAAGUUGCCGGAAACGCCUAAAAACAGUCCUUUUCUUUUUCCCAUACAAACGUUUUAUUUUGUAUACAUAUAACUAUGUUCAUAUGUAUAGGGUGAUUUUUUAAGAGCUUGAUAACUUUUUUAAAAAAAAAAACGCAUAAAAUUUGCAAAAUCUCAUCGGUUCUUUAUUUGAAACGUUAGAUUGGUUCAUGACAUUUACUUUUUGAAGAUAAUUUCAUUUAAAUGUUGACCGCGGCUGCGUCUUAGGUGGUCCAUUCGGAAAGUCCAAUUUUGGGCAACUUUUUCGAGCAUUUCGGCCGGAAUAGCCCGAAUUUCUUCGGAAAUGUUGUCUUCCAAAGCUGGAAUAGUUGCUGGCUUAUUUCUGUAGACUUUAGACUUGACGUAGCCCCACAAAAAAUAGUCUAAAGGCGUUAAAUCGCAUGAUCUUGGUGGCCAACUUACGGGUCCAUUUCUUGAGAUGAAUUGUUGUCCGAAGUUUUCCCUCAAAAUGGCCAUAGAAUCGCGAGCUGUGUGGCAUGUAGCGCCAUCUUGUUGAAACCACAUGUCAACCAAGUUCAGUUCUUCCAUUUUUGGCAACAAAAAGUUUGUUAGCAUCGAACGAUAGCGAUCGCCAUUCACCGUAACGUUGCGUCCAACAGCAUCUUUGAAAAAAUACGGUCCAAUGAUUCCACCAGCGUACAAACCACACCAAACAGUGCAUUUUUCGGGAUGCAUGGGCAGUUCUUGAACGGCUUCUGGUUGCUCUUCACCCCAAAUGCGGCAAUUUUGCUUAUUUACGUAGCCAUUCAACCAGAAAUGAGCCUCAUCGCUGAACAAAACACGCGCGCGAAACACAUUUCGAACCGAACACUGAUUUUGGUAAUAAAAUUCAAUGAUUUGCAAGCGUUGCUCGUUAGUAAGUCUAUUCAUGAUGAAAUGUCAAAGCAUACUGAGCAUCUUUCUCUUUGACACCAUGUCUGAAAUCCCACGUGAUCUGUCAAAUACUAAUGCAUGAAAAUCCUAACCUCAAAAAAAUCACCCGUUAUGUAACGAUGUGACUUCAUGAAUGACAAUAACAGCUGUUUUUUGAUCUUUCUAACGGCAGUGAGAACACUGUUGGGUUAUGAAAUGAUUAAAUGUAAUCUAAUCUUUUAAAUUUUCGGUCUGAACAUGGUAUAAGGAGUGCUUGUAUUACAUGUGUUGAUUUAGUUCCUAUGUCCAAAUCUACACUUAUGAAAGAGGAUUUAACGAAGAAAUGCAAUAAUUGUUCGAACACUGUUCAAACGCAAUUGUCCCAAAAAGAAUCUAGUGGUGGUGUUGAUUUAAUUAACAUGAUUUUACAUUUUAUCCAAAGUAUGAUGCAAUUUAUGUCUAAAAUGCGAAAUGCGAUUCAAGAUUUAAUCGAAGCAUAAAACCAAAAGUGAUUUAAGCAAAAAUUGAGCUAAGUGAAUAUUUGUAUAUGGCAUGCUAACGCUGUUAACUAAGAUUAUUAAAUGAAAGAGUAUAGAUAUGAAUUUAAUAUCGAAAACAAAUCUGACAAAUAAGAAUAAUUUUCAUAAAACUGGUUUUAAAGUCUAUGUUACAAAUCAUCCACUUUGAAAGGCGCAAAGCAAUGUAGGUUAGAAAUCGAAAAAAACACCCUGCUUUAGGGCCGUUUUCUUAAUGUAAGAUUGGCAACCCUCUGUCAAUUAAGUUCUGGUUAAAGGUUGGUACGCAGCUCUCAAGUAAUUGCUCAAGAAAAAAAAUACAUUAUUUCUCAAGUAAUUUUGACAGCUGGUUACGCAUUGUGAAUGCUCCACAUUAGAAGAGCAAGAGAGAAUAAACAAAGUAAACAAACUUUGUGCGUAUUAUGUAUGUAUGUAUGUGUAUGGUAACAUAAAUAUUUUCAUUGAGAUUUAAGGAAUGUUGUUGAUGAUUGGUAGGUUUUAUACAACAUUUCAAAAUGGAAUAUACUUCUUAAUCGUUUUUUUAUAUGAAGUUUUUACGUUUCUUGAGAGCUGCGUACUAAGCUUAAUCUAAUACAAUAUAUUAUUAAUUGUAUAUGUUUAAAAAUCUGCAUAGUUUUAAACCUGGCCGAUGUAUGUAGAUAAAAGAGACUUUUUUGGCACCCUCGGAAAUACAUUUCUAGUAGGUGGUGAUUACAGUGCAAAACUCACGUCUUAUCAAUCCGAAAGGAAGACCUGUAUUAAACUAUUAUAUGUAAAUAGGCGCAAUAACCUAAUAACUAAUCUAAUCGUAAGCCGAUUUUUUGUCAAAAUACCAAAUUUGUUUGAUUUGACUGCAAUCAUAUAUGUAUAAUUCAAUUGAUGGGUGAUUAGUCACUCCUGUUCGGUGUUUAGUUCACCUAAUUUCUUCGAAUACAACUGGUAAACAAAUGGUUAUGUACCAUUCAGAGUUUAUUGCUCUGCGUUGUUCUAGUGGUGAAAUUGCGAAAUUUUCAGUUUUUCCAAAAAUACAGGUAACUAUUUGUUUGGAAGUACUUCGUAGUCGAAUAGCUUUUAUUAGACUCAGCUCAUUUUGAAACACCUGGCUAAAUGAGUUAAGCUUCCCGUCCUCAUACACCACUACACAACACAACACACCACUCACAAAGCAACACUGGCCCACUCACCACACUUGGAGACAACACUCAUCGACUGGAAGCAGUAGUCUACACCCACACACAUACCAGAACACGCCGUACAUCAACUCACCAUAACUCUCCACAGCCCAACGAGCAAAAACCCUUGUCAAGGAAGAAGCCGCCCCUUUCGACCGCGAUUUUCGAGCAAUAAACAUCGGCGCACGUUUCUAUAUAUUUUUGGUAUUUUCGGCACGCAGCUCCACGUUUCUAUAUUUUUGGUACUUUCGGCAUGCAGCUCCACGUUUAUAUAUAUAUAUUUUUCGUCAUCUUCGGCGCGCAGCUAAACCACUGUUCCCACAUUGGGAGAUCCUCUACGCGCAGCAGCUGAACCAACGCAUUAUCAUCACAUCAUUUUAUAAAAACAUAUACACUUCCACUGGUUCCCGACCAGGGAGUCCACUAAUUCAAUACAUUGUAUCAUCUAUACAUAAUCCAUUUUUAUAUACAUUUUCACGCCUUCACUGGUAUCCGACCAGGAGAUUAUUAUUAUAACUGAUGAAAUGCAUUCCUGUGUACAACGUACAUAUCCAUGCAACCCUAUUUCUUGUCUUUAUAACUUUGUAUGUAUACUACUUCUUAAUAUUGUAAUUGUAACUUCACUUGCUUUUGAACUACCUUUAAAUAAACAUAUACUUUGUAAGCGUUAAGUUGUGUAUACCAUUCUUUGUUACUUGGAAAAGGCAACGGCAAGUAAAAGCAUAAUUUACAACAGGUUAUGGGCCCAGGUGCAAAUUCCUGCAGUCCAAGUAAAUAAAAGAAAUAGAAGAUGAGUUCGUCGCUUUUCAAUAUUGAAAAAUUGGACGAGUCAAACUACGACUCAUGGAGUAUCCAACUAAAGAGUGUGCUGGUUCACCAGGAGCUGUGGUCGGUGGCAUCAGGAGAAACACCUUGUCCAGAAGCAGAUGCAGACGGUAAGAAUGUACUAAUGUGGAAAGCCAAAGACGAAAAGGCAACGGCAACUAUAAUAUUGAGUAUAACGACGAUGCAGAUAGCUCACGUGAAGAAUAGCAAGACAUCGAACGAGGCAUGGAAUACUCUUCGUGAGAUCCAUAGGCCAAAAGGGCCGGUACGCAAGGUAACAUUAUUUAAGCGCCUUCUUGCUAUGCGUAUGAGCGAUGACGAAUGCGUUCAGCAGUAUGUAUGCAAAUUUACUUCUUUGGCAGAAAAGCUUGAAGAAAUUGGAGUAGGUCUCCAAGAAGAGUUUUUCGUUAUAAUGCUACUAGCAAGCUUGCCAAAAUCAUUUGAAAAUUUGGUCGUCGCUUUGGAGUCUCGCGAUGAGCUACCUAAGCUAAAUUCAAUAAAAAUUAAGCUAAUAGAAGAAGGUGAACGUCGUAAGUCAUGUGUAACGAAAAACACCGAAGGUAGCGUGCAAGCGUUCAUGGUUCGCGAAAGUUCUAUCAAAAAGAAUAGUUCUACGAAUUUGAAACUAAACGAAGUAAGCAGCGCAUCGAACAACAACAACAAGAACAAACGACAUAAUAUGAAAUGCUACAGUUGUGGCAAAAAGGGUCACUUCGCUGCUCAGUGCAGAGAGAAGCAAAACGUGCAAAAACAACAAAACAGCGACAACAAUAGAAGCAACGGAUUGUUUGCGGCGAUCAGCAAAAACCUGCUGCAUACUGAGGCUUGGUGUGUCGACAGCGGCGCAUCCUCUCAUUUGUGUUGCGACCGCGAUAAGUUCAGCGAAUUCGAGUUGUAUGAAGAAGAGAUCAUACUUGCUGGCGACAACAAAAUGUUAGCGGCUGGCAGAGGAAUUGUUCGGUUGCAAACGAACAUGUUUGACGUCACACUUGUUAAAGUAUUGUUCGUACCUGGACUACAAUGUAAUUUUAUAUCAGUCUCCAAAGCAGUAAACAGCGGCUACAAAGUUGAAUUUACAAGAAAUGAGGCAAUGAUAAAAAAUAAGCGCGGAGAUGUCAUUUUGAGUGCUAACAAGGUAUGCGAUCUGUUUAUAUUCGAGCCCAAUAAAAAUCAAUUGUUUUUUGCAUGCAAACCCAACCAUGAGGCAAUGAAGUGGCAUUCUAGAUACGGUCAUCUAAAUUUUGCUAGCCUGCGUAAAUUGAGCAACAACAACAUGGUUCGAGGAAUGAAAGUAAAUAUCCCAGCAGACAUUCAAUGUGUUUUAUGUAUGUCUAAUAAGUGUAGCCAGCGGCCAUACAAUAAAUCUGAUAGCCGAGCAGAAGAGAUUUUGGGGUUGAUACACACUGAUGUGUGUGGGCCUAUGAGGCAUGAAUCAAUUGGCGGUGCGAAAUAUGUAUUAACUUUCACAGAUGAUAAGACGCGAUUUGUAUUUGUUUAUUUUUUAAGACGCAAAGACGAAGUAUUAGAAAAAUUUAAAGAUUUUAAACAAAUGAUUGAGUGCCAAACAGAGAAGAGAAUUAAAAUGCUUCGUAGCGACAACGGCACGGAAUUUGUGCAUAAUGCGUUUAAUAAAUUUCUUAAAGAGCAUGGUAUUGUGCGACAAUUAACAGUGCCCUACACACCACAACAAAACGGCGUAGCAGAGAGGCUAAAUCGUACACUAAUCGAGAUGGCAAGGUGUAUGGUAGUAAGUUCUGGUGUGAAUGAAUCGUUGUGGGUGGAGGCUGUUAAUACGGCAGUAUAUUUAAGAAAUCGUGCAUCAACAAAAGCAUUAAAUGCUAUGACACAAUAUGAAGCAUGUUAUGGCUAUAAGCCGGUGGUAGGACAUUUGCGAACAUUUGGGUCACUCGCGAUAGCUUUGGAUAAAAAGCAAAAAGACAAAUUCAAACCAAGAGGCAAGGAGUAUGUCAUGGUCGGUUACUCCGACACAUCGAAAGCAUACAGACUGUAUGAUAAACAAACGGGACGAUUGAUAGUGAGUAGAGAUGUCUACUUUGUAGAGUCAAUAUCGGCGAAACAGCAUGACGGAUUGAAUAUGAAAGUUGCAGAAGGUGUGCAAGUGCAUCCAAUUGAAUUUGAUAUAGGUAAUGAAUUCCAGCAGCAAGGCACACAUUUAGAUACAAACGCGAUCGAAAACGUAGAAGAGGUGGUAGAUACAGCAGCAAAUAGUGACAAUGACUUUGAGUCCGCUGAAGAAGAGCAAUUAGACGAUAUUCCUUUAAAAAGGGGUCCUGGCAGGCCACGAUUGGUUCGUAGUGGGGGACCAGGCAGACCCACAAAACAAUAUACGUAUUUAAAUUUAAUAGACGCUGAUGAUGUAAAGGUUCCUGAGUCUGUAGAACAGGUAUUGUCAAGUGAAUAUGCUACUAAAUGGUACGACGCUAUGCAAAAUGAGUAUAAUUCUCUUAUGAAAAAUGAAACAUGGCAGCUUGCAGAAAUCCCCAAAGGGCAAAAAGCCGUACGAUGUAAAUGGGUGUAUGCCCUUAAAAGAGAUAAAGAGGGUAAGGUGGAUCGCUUUAAAGCUAGGUUAGUCGCAAAAGGGUAUUCACAGGUUUAUGGCGUUAACUAUGAUGAAACCUUUUCACCCGUUGUAAGGUAUAGCACUAUCCAAAUGAUAUUUGCGCUCGCAGCGGAGUACGGGUUACAUCUUCAUCAGAUGGAUGUAUCCACCGCAUAUUUAAAUAGCGAGUUGAGCGAAGAUAUAUACAUGCGUCAGCCAGAAAUGUUUAUUGACAAACGAUUUCCUAACCAUUGUUUGAAGCUGAACAAAGCCUUGUAUGGACUUAAGCAGUCCGGGCGCCAGUGGAACUUAAGGUUAGAUGAAAUUUUAAAGAAGAUUGGUUUUCAACCAUGUAUAAGCGAACCUUGUGUGUACAUAAACAAACAAAAUGGGCAAAUUAAUAUUAUUGCGGUAUACGUUGAUGAUUUGCUCAUAGCCAGCUCUGACUUGAAACACAUGCACGAUAUUAAAGCCAGUAUUGCAAGAGAAGUAGAAGUGGUCGACAAAGGACCGGUGCAGCAUUUUUUAAGCAUGGAGGUGAAUCGUGAUGGUAAAACAGGCUCUAUAUCUAUUGGACAAAAGGCAUAUAUUAGAAAGCUAUUAAACGAUUUUGGCAUGAAUGACACUCGACCGAUUGCUGUUCCAUUGGAUGCAGGACAUCAAAUUAAUUGCAAUAACACAACAUGUAAGAAAGUCGAUCAGGUACAGUACCUAUCCUUGAUAGGAUCACUGAUGUAUUUAGCUGUGUGCACACGACCAGAUAUUUUGCACUCAGCAUGCAAAUUAGCGCAGAGAAAUAAUGAUCCGCAUACAGAGCAUCUAGCAGCAGCUAAGAGAAUUCUACGUUACUUGAAUACGACGCAAGACAAGAAGUUAAAGUAUCAGCAAACUGGUAAAGAUAUGGAAGGUUUUGUUGAUGCUGAUUGGGGCGGAGAUAGUACCGACCGCAAAUCUUAUACCGGCUAUGCGUUUGUACUUGCUGGAUGCGUUUUUUCUUAUGAAUCGAAAAAAACAAUCGACGGUAGCACUCAGCAGCACUGAAGCCGAAUACAUGGCACUUACAUCUGCAGUUAAAGAAGCAGUGUAUUUACGAAAACUCUUGGGAGAAAUGAACAUCGAGUGCCCUAAGGCGAUAGUAGUAAAUGGAGAUAACAUCAGUGCUAUGAAUCUUGUGAAGAACCCGGUGUAUCAUACAAGAAGUAAGCACAUCGACAUAAAAUACCACUACAUACGGGAUAUCUAUCAAGGAGGCGACAUUGAGUUCAAAUAUUGUUGCAGCAGUGACAUGGUUGCUGACAUCUUGACAAAGAAUUUGCCGAAACCUAGCCACGAGAAAUUAACAAAGAUGUUAGGUUUAAAUUAAAUAAAUGAAUGUUUUUAUUUUUAAUAAACAUGUAUAUGAACGUUGAGGAGGCGUGAUGAAAUGCAUUCCUGUGUACAACGUACAUAUCCAUGCAACCCUAUUUCUUGUCUUUAUAACUUUGUAUGUAUACUACUUCUUAAUAUUGUAAUUGUAACUUCACCUGCUUUUGAACUACCUUUAAAUAAACAUAUACUUUGUAAGCGUUAA